AUGGACCUAUCCGUAUACUUGGUGACGGACUCUACUCCUGCCAUCCUAGGAGACAGAGAUUUGUGUGAAAUUGUUCGAGAUGCCAUCGAAGGGGGGGUUACGGUUGUUCAGUAUAGGGACAAGCAUAGUGACACCGGUGUUUUAAUUGAAACGGCGAAGAAGCUCCAUGAAAUUACGAAAGCGUAUAAUGUUCCUCUAAUCAUUAAUGACCGAGUUGAUGUCGCCUUGGCUGUUAGGGCUGAAGGAGUCCAUCUUGGGCAAGAUGACAUGAAGAUACCAGAAGCAAAAAAAUUGCUACCCCCAAAUGCGUAUAUCGGUGCAACUGUUUGUUCGAACGAGGAAGCGUUUCGGGCGGUGGAAGAUGGUGCAGACUACCUUGGGAUUGGCACCGUAUUUGCAACUCCCACAAAAACCGAUACCAAGGCCAUUAUCGGGACCGCUGGCACAAAGGAAAUCUUAGCAUUUCUCUCUACAAUGCCCAGGAAAGUUGGAACCGUUGCUAUUGGAGGUAUCAACCUGUCCAACGUCCAACGCGUUAUCUACCAAUCACAAGCACCACUCAAGAGCCUCGAUGGUGCUGCGAUUGUCAGCGCAAUUAUGGCAGCAGAAAAUCCGAAAGAAGCUGCAGCAGCGUUUAGCAGGCUAGUCAAAGAAACUCCUGCUUCAGCUACCUUCCCUGCCGCUCCGCGGGAAAAUGAAGUUGCUAUGUUAUUAGAUGAAGUACCGAAUAUUAUUCGUGCCGUGGCUCUUAAACGACCGCUGUGCCACAACAUGAUCAACUUCGUUGUGGCUAACUUUGCUGCAAACGUUGCUAUUGCAAUUGGUGCAUCCCCAAUUAUGUCCGGGUAUGGUCCCGAAGCAAGUGAUCUAGCUAAAAACGGGGGUUCCUUAUUGAUAAACAUGGGAACUCUAAACAAUGAAGCCAUCGAUCAUUACAUACAGGCGCUACGGGCAUAUAAUGCAGAAGGAAACCCCGUUGUGUUUGACCCAGUCGGGGCUGGUGCUUCUGAUAUUCGCCGCAGGGCCGUGAAACAGCUGCUCGCUGGUGGAUACUUUGACGUUAUAAAAGGCAAUGAAUCCGAGCUGAUUCAAGUUUACGGUAAAACCACUUGGCGUCAGGUUGGUGUUGAUAGUGGGCCAAGUAUUUUGAGCCGCAGAGAAAAAGCGAAACUUGUCAGGGAUCUUGCUAGACGUGAGAGAAACGUCGUCCUUCUCACUGGUAGGGUCGACUACCUCAGCGACGGCGAACGCGUUCUCGCCAUCGGAAAUGGCCACGAGCUCCUCGGCCACAUUACAGGUACCGGCUGUAUAAUCGGUACAAUGGCUGCCUCUUUUCUCGCCGUGCACAGAAAUGACAAGCUGCUCGCUGUGUUGUCCAGUCUCCUCCUGCUCGAGAUUGCAGGUGAGCGAGCUGCCGCGAAGGAUGGCAUUAACGGUCCCGGUACGUUCCUGCCCGCGUUGAUCGACGAAUUGUUUGCGUUGAAGAAUUGGGCCGUCGAGUGGAAAACCAGUGGCAGUGCCGGCAUUGACGUUGAUGCUGGAUCAAUGAACGGCAACGCUGCUGCUGCUACGGACGAAAAUAUUUUUAGGAGGGCGGCGAAGGUGCAUCUUAUGCAGUUGUAG